AAGAGAAAGGGUGGGCAUGGCAACUGGAUAUGGGAAUUUUGCCGUUUCUUUACUUUUUCCUCUCCUGAGUGGCUCCUUUUAAUUCAGAUUAUUCUCCUAUUUUCUUUCCUUGUAUUUCCUGCGUACUACCUCUUUCUUGCCUUAAAUCUCUUUUCUGUGCUUCUGAUUUCCGAUAACAAAAACAAAUGUCUUCCAGAGGGGCAAAUGCAUCCUCCGGGAUGGGAGUUGCUGACCACAGCAAAAGCACGUACAUGGAAUUGCAACGAAAGAAGGUGCACCGUUACGUGAUCUUUAAGAUAGAUGAGAAGAAGAAAGAAGUUGUGGUUGAGAAAACUGGAGGUCCAGCUGAAAGCUACGAUGAUUUUACUGCGUCUUUGCCUGAGAACGAUUGCCGUUAUGCUGUCUAUGACUUCGAUUUUGUUACUUCCGAGAAUUGCCAAAAGAGCAAGAUAUUUUUCAUCGCUUGGUCUCCCUCGGUGUCAAGGAUCCGUUCUAAGAUGCUAUAUGCGACAUCCAAGGACAGGUUCAGGAGGGAGCUCCAAGGCAUCCACUACGAGAUACAAGCGACUGAAGCAACCGAGGUGGAUCUCGAGGUGCUCCAGGAGCGUGCUAAUUGAUCCUAUAUAUCGUGAAAGGGGUUUCCGAUCUUCAAUCUACUAUCCGUGCAUGACUUAUAUGUAUGUGGAAGAAUAAUGUGGCAUCUGGUAACGCUGAACAGGAGCUCGUUCUUAUGAUAAAAAGUAUGGUUACAGGCAGGGCUCCUUAUUAUCAUGAUGGUUUCCAGAUGACAAGUUGUUUUGACUAUCAACUAUGUGCCCUUUCUAGGCUUAUGGACUACUACUGAAUAUGUAUAUGUUGUCACCUGGCUACCUUAUUUUGUGUCAAUAAUGUUUUUUUGUGUAUCCACUUGUUUUUGUCUA